AUGUACCUACCCGCUGCACUCGCAGCACGAGCGGCAACAAAGAAGCCAGCAGCAAGAACACAGACGUCGCCGCAGGGAUGUGUGGCUUCUCGUGAAGUCUCCCGAGAAGGUCGCCCAGCAGCAGAGGAAACGUGUCUAGGCACCGACGGAAGCGGCGGCAGCCGAGUGGGUUUGCUGCUGCUGCUGCUUCGUUGCGGUAUCCUUGGUGCUCUUAUUGCCCCUUGCCCUUCCCACUUCUCCUUGUCUGACGCGAUGGGCGUUCUCACCUGGAUCGCGAGUGCUGCUGCAGUUGUCGCUUAUUUCCUAGCCGCCAGGACCGAUCCCGGCGUGCUGAGAUACUGCCCCUCGUUACUGCUGCCGCCAGAGCUGCGGCAGCAGCUGCGGCCCCAUAGCAGUCGCAGCAGCAUGCGGGGACGCCUAGCAGCGGCUGAGGAAGACAGCAGUGCUGGCAGCGUUAGCAGCAAUUGCGAUAGCGAAGACUGCCUCACAGCGGCUGGAAUAGGGACCGCAGCAGCUUCCUUGAUGGCAGAAAGAAACAGCUGCCCAGUCUUCCAGCCAGCGCACCAUGCACACCGCUGCAAAGACGCUCACGCGCAUUUCCCAGCUGCCUUCACGACCAGCAGCCGUAGAAAAGGCAGUGCAUGCCCUUCUCCUAACAAAAACGACAAGGAGAAGGUCCCUCUUGGGAGCACACCAAACAACUGGAUAAGCAACUGCAACGGCGGAGAAGCAUACAUGCCAGUCUCUGUAGAUACACUGAGCACUCCGGAAGACAUUGUGUUUGCACAGAAGCAGCAGCAGCAGCAGAAUCAGCAGGAGCAGCAACAAGAGCAGCAGCAGCAGCGCCUUUCUGCAGUGUCUGUUUGCGGCAUCCCGGUGGAAGUGCAGGGAGCGUCUCUCCGUCAGAUGUACCUGCAGUGCAACAACGUACUGCACUUCAAUAGCAGCAGCAGCAGCAAGACUGUUCGCAAGUUUUCACGUAAAGGCUGCGAAGCGACCUUAAUCAGGCACCCCGCCGAACGCAGCAGCAGCAAGAGCAGCAGAAGCAGAAGCAGAAGCAGCAGCAGCAGGGGCCGUAGCAGUGGAGGCAGCGACAGCAGCGGCAGCAAUAGCGACAGCAGCAGCAGCAGCAGCGGUAGCAUAAAGGGGAGCGCUCGCUCGAGAUUUGGACCAAGUGAAGCCUCUCGCGUACAGAUGAAGAGGAAGGCCGCAGCAGCAGCAGCAGCAGCAGCUGCAGCUGCUGAUACAGCAGCGAAGGAGGCUCAGCAGAGGCUGCGGAAAGAGAGAAGACUCGCUAGGCGGGCAGCAGCGGCAGGGAGGGCUGCAGUUGGGAAGCCAGUUGACGUUGAGUUGGUCGCUGUUGCGCCGACGGUUCGAGGGGAAGUCGGUGCGGGGAGGAGUGCAGUGCAUGCCGUGGAUGUUGCUGCUGAGGCAGCAUGCGGUGAAGCAGUGGCCGCACCCCCCUUAGACCUCGAGUCAGCCCUUCCAGACUCCCCGCAGCCACAGGCACUGCUGCAACUGAAUUUGGGGGAACCUACUGAGGCUGUAGAGAUAGUGGAUAAAUCCACAGACGCAGGAAAUACUGCGGCUGCCUUUCCUUUCUCCAUUAUAAAAAGACGCUUGUGUCAGUACGGGGUUCGAUUGCGCUUCUGCGAGAGGUGCUGCAUGUAUCAGCCACUGCGAACGAAACACUGCGCAGACUGCGGCGUCUGCAUUCGCACUCACGAUCAUCACUGCCCUUGGAUUGGUCUGCUGGAGCUGCGUGGGGGAGAAGAGCCGCCCCCACUUUAUAGUGUAUUUGUUGUUGCAGAUGUUGGAAGCAGGUGUCUGUACAGCUCAAGCUGUGCGGCUAUUGCUGCUGCCAAUGGACGUGAAGUCCGAGUGGUGCGGCUAUACUCCUAA